AACUUUCCUUUCUUUCUAUGCCGGGUCCUCAAUUGAUUGCUCCAAACCACAUUCCUACGAAGACUUCUACAAAGAUAUCGAAACCAGAAUGCCACCCAAAAAAUCCACCGCAGGCAAAAAGCCUGUCUCCGGCCUGACGCGAACAUACCUCUUCCUCUACAACCUCCUCAACUUUACUCUUUGGGCAACCUGCACCGUCCGCACAGCACUACGCCUCUUCGAAAAACAACAACAAAAUGACCUUCAAAACGUCUCCUCCAUCCCCACGGAGAUCUUCCCUCUCCUUGUCGUGACUCAAUCCCUCGCUGCACUGGAAAUCCUCCACUCCCUCCUCGGUAUCGUACGUGCACCCUUAAUCACAACAGCGAUGCAAGUUGCCUCUCGCUUCGUGGUCGUUUGGGGUAUCAUGUAUACCUUUCGUGAAGGCUCGGAGUUAUACGAUAGCGUCCUAUCAAAGUAUUUCUCUGAUAUCCCCUUUGUGCAACAAGCUGUCAGUGAUGGGUUAAUGGGUGUAUCCGGAAAACUUCAAUACGGCGACUUGGCGUUCUUUGGAUGUAUGUUUGCCUGGGGCAUAACGGAGUGUAUUCGUUAUGGGUUCUUUGUGUUGCAACUUGGUGGUUUACCGGUGCCGGGGUGGUGGCAGUGGUUGAGGUACAAUACGUUUUUCGUCUUGUAUCCCAUUGGUAUUGCAUCUGAAUGCGUGUUUAUGUAUAUUUCGCUCGGUCAUGCAGAGAGAUAUGUGCACAAGUAUUACAAGUGGUUCUUGGUGAUUGUGAUGGGGAUUUAUGUUCCUGGGAGCUAUAUUCUUUACACACAUAUGAUGGCUCAGCGCAGGAGGGUUAUGCGAGGAAAGACCCGUGUCGAUUAAUCACCAAACACAUUUCCUUUGACAAUAAGUGGACGACAGUCAUGAGUGACGGAUAGAUGGCCCAUGUUCAUAUUAACCGAUAUAGAGUGGUAACGGUUGGGGGUGUACAUUAUUACAACUUUAUUUGAUUAUUAUUAACGCCUGCAUGAUGUCAUUGCUAUUUACGCGAGGUCCAGACAAUAGAUAUCACAACUCGCGCAGAAUAUCCUUAACAGCCUUGGCC